GUCCCUCCCCCCCCCAGUCCCCCCCCCCCCAUAUUGUCUGUGCUAUUCACUAUUCCACCACAUUUUUGUAUCACCAACAUAGAGAGCCGAACUGUACAGAGAACACCGAGCCAGUCCCAUCAUCUCUGUACUGAGGAGCUGACACUCUAAUGUCCCCAUCCCCCCAUCCCAUCAGUCUCUGUACUGAGGAGCUUACACUCUAAUGUCCCCUCCCCCACAGUCCCAUCAGUCUCUGUACUGAGGAGCUACACUUCUAAUGUCCCCUCCCCCCAUCCCAUCAGUCUCUGUACUGAG